ACGUAUGGGGUGAAAUUACGGUAGAUCGCUAUGGAAACCCAUGGAACACAUAAGUCGACAUAAAUCGAAUUCAGUUGUCUGAAGUAAACGUCAGCCUUGAAACAAGGGUUAUUGGAACAAACUUACAUUAACAAUUAAUUUCAAUUGAAUUUUAAUCUAUUGCUUCAAUGGAAAUCAACGAAGACAAGGUUGAAGAAAAGAAGAAUGGUUUGAGAAGGAAAAUGUCCUCGGCAGAGAGGGACUUAUGGUUGAAACCAUUGCUGAAGUUGAAACAACAGGAGAUCAUUCUUGAUAGGGGAGUGGCUUGUGCCAUCGAUAACAUGAAAAUCGAUAAGGAUUUGUUGCAGGAAAUUAUUCACGAACGCAAGGAAAUGUCAUCUAAAAGGCAAAUCUUUUUGAACACGAUGUAUAAGUACAUGGAAGACAUCGCUACAGAAAUGGAUUCUAUUAAACUCGUAGCGAGGAAUCCAGAAGAACUAAAGAAAUUAGAUGUGAACACGUACAAACUAAAAUUGAUCAAAUUUUGGCAAAAGAUGCAGGAUUUCAAAAAAUCCUGUUGCAUCGAGGCUCUGGUGGAAGAACAGGCAACGCUUAGGAAUGAAUUACGCGACUUCGAGCCACGAAUAAAAAAGUAUGAACAUUUUCAGAAGAACGUUUUAUCAGCGUGCCAAAGUAGAAUCGAAAGCAGAAGAGAAAGGAAGGAUUACAGGGACGCGGAAGAUUUCCAUGCACUUGUUGCGAGAACAGGACACACGGAUAACUGGAGCACGGAUGAUCAUUUAUACUUCUUGAAAAUGCGGAAGAAAUGUAAUAACAUUCCAGCUCUGGUCGCCGCUGUACAGAAGAAAUUUCCUGAUUUAUCAACGGAGACUAUAGUGAAUCACGAGGCAUGGUACAAAUUGUACACAGACCUGCGGGAAAAACAAAAAUCAGUUGUAAAAGAAUGGCGACAGAAGAGGGAGCUAAAGAAAAUAAAGAGUGCCGAAGAAUCCAGAAGCAAUCAAAAUUAUUUUGAAGAAAAUGAUGACUCGAACGAAAAAGAGAAAAUGGAAGUUUUUAAAAAGAAGAAACUAUCGCGAAGCGAAGCAUCCAGGUCGAACCACAGUGCAGAUUCCAACGUAAGUCUAAAGAAGGACUUAAUUAAAAAAUGGCGGAUGGAAAAGGAGAAUAAACGCACGAUGGACGAAGAACAACUGAAAAUUCGGAUAAAAUUAAAAAGAGAAACUGAAGAGAAACAAAGAAGAAGGCGUAGGGAGAAAAUUCUGGAAGCUUUGGAGGAAUAUAAAAAGAAGAAGUCUCUAGAGAGUGCCUCGAGGGAAUCGAGUGCCAAUUCGAAGGACAAGUGUACUUAUGAUUCGGAACUAGUUAAAGCUUUCAGGAAGCAGGAUAAAGAGUACACGAAAAAAAGAAAAGAGCUGAUACUGCGUUCGCAAAAAUCGCAUAAGAUUGAAAUGACGGAAGCAAAGAGAUCCGUGCUUUUGAAUAACAAAAACUUUUCUACUUUGUUGAAUAGCACGGUGGUUUGGAGAGAGAAAUGUGAAUUUGAAGACCCAGUGGGACGUUCCAACGAGCCACAGUACGUUAAAGACAUUCCAAAGCUGUGCUUUCGAUGGAGGAACGAAGAAUCAGAAGAUCUGAAAGAUUUAAUAACAUUUAUUUGAAAAGAUAACAGAACAUUUAUACGCUAUAAUAUAGUUCAGUGAUGACGAAGAAUUUAAAAAUAUCGUACUAUUGUAUAAUUUUAUUGUAAUUGUACAUCAUACUCGUAUAAUAAUUUCAGUUAACUUGCGUCUCUAAUUAUUAUGGUUAAAAAUAUGUAUAAAUAUACAAUUCCUAUUCACAAACCAUACAGUUCUUGUUUAUCUAGAUUUGGGAAUCUCGGCCCACUUAACAUAAUAAUCACCAUUCGACAAUUGACUAUUUUCAUUUCAAAAUGGUAUAAUGUAAAUAGUUUCAUUUAUAUUCUAACUACGAGUAAUUUUUAUACAAUUUUUUUUAAAGGAAAAACUUACGAUGUUCUCGGUCUAAAAAUGAAGAUAUGAUCAUUGUUAUUGCUUCGAUAAAUUAAUAAACGAUACUUUGUAAUUUAGAACGGUGAAGCAUAAUAUUUAUUGUGUUUUGUAAAUAUUUACAGUAAUUGUACUUACUUCGUUCACCGGUCUAAACUUCUCCGAAUUCUCCAAAAUUUCCUUCCUAAGAUACAACGUCAAAUACUUUAAUGCCAACAAACUUCCAAGCAUUUCGAAAUUCGUAAUUCAACGUGAGCACCGAAUAAAACAAAAUAAAACGUCGAAGUUCGUUCAAAAUGGAGCCACGUGUAACUCAAUAUCUGUUAAUAAAAUUAUUCGUAACCAAUAAAUCCUGGAAAAAAAAUUUUUAUUUUUAUUUUAUAUGGGGCCUUUAAAUUGCACUCCGUCACUUGGGGAAAUGAACGAAACCGAUUGAUACAUACUUAGUGUUUAUUUUUCUUUACGAACGUACCGGUUCCUUCAGACGAUGUACAUAAUAAGUUAUGAGUAAACGAGCGUUGACUUUAUCCAAGACCUUUCGUUCUCGGCUCUAAGUGGACCUCUAAAUCGGUGAAUCCUCUCCUCCAAUCGUUUCCUGAGCGUGCGCGACGUAGCGCCUCUUAGGGAGGAAAGUCUACCUAGGGGGCCAAAUAUCAAGUAUUCCUAGUGAUUUUUUUUACAGAGAAAAAUUUCUGUAAUGUUUUCAUAAGCUUGAGAAUAUUUCAGAUAUGAUUUGAAGUACAUUCGGUCAGUUUUUCAAUUCAUUUCACACAGAAACUACAUUUCUCCAAACAGUUGUCUUCGAGGAACAGCUGAUAUCUGAAAGAUUUAAAAAAAAAACGAACAUUUAAUAUUUGGCCUCCCAAUGUGGUAUCCCCUCUUAAAACGUAAACAAAAAAGUGGCAAAACUAAACGAAUCCGCGUAUUUGGUAAAAAGACGAUUUUAAGUUUCUAUCCAGUCAUGGAUAAUGCCAACCCUCGAACUGUUUUACUCAAAUAUAUAAUAUACUUUCUAUUAACCUUCUUUUUUCGUUCGUUAAUUCGAUCUCUCUCUCUCUCUCUCUCUCUCUCUCUCUCUCUCUCUCUCUCUCUCGCAUGCACUCUCAUUAGAUUACCAAAUACAAAAAACAUAGGUGAUACAAUAUAUGUAUAAUGUUAUAAUACAAAUGUGCCGAGCACUGUGCCGAGCACGAUCUCGAUAAGGACCGACGGUUCAUCUGUUUUCAUUUUUUUCACGCUUUUCUAUUUUUUUUCCGUUUAUAUUCGCAAUUGUACAGUCAGCACCUUAUCAAUUUACUCGUCCACUGCCACGCUUACGAGUAGACUCCUUACAUCAUAUAUCUCCUUUUUAUUUUUUAUUUUGUUCGAACUGUGCAUACAUACAUAUAUAAUACACAUGUAUAUACAUAUCUAUAUAUGUAUGUUACGCGGGUAGAAAUAUAACCGUUUAGAAUUUAUAAUGUUUACCUUCUAGAAGUUUAUUACAACGAACGAUAAAUUGUUUAAUGAAACGCUCCCAACGUUUCGUCCCUUUUGCUCGCGCGCACUCGACCUUGUUCACUUUCCUGAUAAACAAACUCAUCAUCGUACAGAAACAAACAUCCGUGUGACACGCACUGGAUUUACCGUGCAACCAUUGCGGCGUAGAAUUCUUAAUUAGAUACAAGCUUCGAGUGAAGAAUAAAAUAUAUAUAACCGUCUAUACGUUCGAGAAUAAGAAUGCUACGAGCUUGAGAAACUAAUUCAGACCUAAGAUCAAAUUCAUUUAAACUCUCAAAUAAAUUUGAUUUAAUCUGUUCAACUUGAAAGAAAUACUCGUAUCGAACUAAAGUUUGUAUUACCAUAUUUAAAUGAAUAUAAGUAUUGCGAUAAGCUUCAGUUAAAUAGAAUAUAUAAAUAUAAUUGCAGCUUAAUUCAUUGAAAUGAAAAUUCAUUAUUAUUACAUAAAUUACAUGUUUACAUUUAUGUAUAAAUGAAUUGAACCAUGGAAUAUUUGGCUAUAAACAAAAAUUUCCUGUGAAACAUUAAUUAGGUGAUUUAGACAGUAAAUUUGAUUAUAGGUAUAACAGAAUGAUUUAUGUUUUAUUCGUUUCUCGAAAUGUGUUAUCUACUUGAGAAUUUUGGCCAUCGAGUGCUGCCUGACGAUACGAGUUCUCUUGUAACAGAAGUAUAUAAUAAAUAUGUACACGCGAACACUUUGUAUGUACAAUUAAAAAUCCUUUUUGCCCCUCUAUUUUUUAACGUUUCAACCGAGUAACCGAAAAAUUGGAGCCGAAUUUAUACAGAGUACGAAUUAUUCUUAUAGGUUUCUUGGACGAGUCGUUGGCAUUGAACCACUGUUAUCAACAAUAUAAUCUACUACUGAUUCACUACUCAUAAACAUAAAUGUAGAAAUAUUUUUAAUUAAUACAAUAAAUAUUCAUUAUGUAUUAAGAUACUUGGGCUGAAUUACUCAAUAAAAAAAAUCAAUUGGGAAACAACGAGUACCCCUUAAAUAAAAUAAAAUGUACAAUUUCAAGUUCUGCUUUAAUUCACAUCGAUUAAUUACACCUAGAUAAACACCUGAAAUAAUUACCUAUAAAAUGAUAAUCGUAAUAGAAUUAUACAAAGAUCCCAAAAAAAUGUGAUUAAUCUAUAUCGUCAUUACAAAAUAAAGUGUGCAUUGUUUCUUUCGUAUUGAAACAUUUAACGAACGUAAAAAAGUGCUUACUCGGAUUUCUGGUCACUGGGUUAACAAGCUGUACAAAUUCGUCUCCAGUCUUUCCAGUCACCCUGUAUUUCUUGUUUCGUCAGCGACAACCUCCGAUUUAAUGUCAGGCUCUCACCCUCUCGUUUUCCUCCCUUUCCAUCUCGAAACUCGAAGCGCAACAAGUGUCGGUCGACUUGAAUUUUUCUUUUUCUAGUUUCUUCUUUUCUCCCUAGUUAUCGAUCGUUCCAUGGAAAAGUCCGCGACGCUUUCGUGACGAACGCACUGGAUCACGAAAGGAGGGAAGGGUGGCGUUAAGGGGAUGGAGAUCGGAGACUUCAAUGCCUCUCUCGUCGAUAGAAAGCAACCUUUAACUUCUAGCAUUGCACAUUUUGGGGACGGUUAAGACUCGAGAUCCUGCAUCUAUGCUCCAUUCGAAAAAAAAAAAAGAUUUUUUCCAGAUUCAUUUUAUUUUCGGAGGAAUUACCUACGACACUGAAUUUCUUUGGCGGACAGAUGGGAACGCGACCGACGAAGGGGAGGGUGAAAGCUGUUAGUUUAAAUUUUCAAAAUAAUUCUUUUAGAAUUACAAGUGUCUAUUUAAUUUGCAACAAUUUUGAAAGAUUUUAUUUUCGCGUAUCUGUGCUUGAAAUAUUCAAUUAUUGAUUACUAAUGUUCAAUCUCAAAAAAUUAACAAUAACGUACUAUACCAUUGUUAUGAAACAAAAGAAUUUAUUUUGAAAAUUUAUCCUUCGUCAUCCGAGGUUCUGAAAGCGCGUUCAAUCAAUUUCAGAAUGAGAAAUGUCCGUGCAUCGACGGAAUACCCUCUCAGGACUGAACUUUUGCAAAGUAUUAAAAACAAAAGUAAAAGAAUGAAAAGCAGCGCACCUUUACGGAUCCUCGGACACUUCUCGAUCCAGCGACGGGCAAAAAUCUUUACCUAAACGUAAUUUCCAAUAACGAAUCGAAGAUAAGCAACUGUUCAUCCGGUAUUCGUUAAAUAAAAAAAAAAAAAAAAGAA